GUGGCGAUGUCCAAACAUUUGAGGACCCUUCCUCAAUAUCCUGGUUAGGACGGUUCCAGUCCAGGUUUUCAGUAUACCUUAUUCCGUGAAUUAUAUUGAUUAAUUAUUCUGUGGUAUUAUUAGAUUCCGUAUCAUGGAGAAAAAUGUUGAGAUAAACUUUUUUCCAUUUUUUUUAUCUCUUACAUAGUUCUGUUUUUGCCGUUAUGAUAAAGGCUAAACGUUCAGUCCAUAUUCCAUAUUAUUAUGGCAUUAUAUUAUAUUAUUAUUCAAUGCUGCUAAGUAUUUACUGAUUAUUGCCAUCGUACAUUUUGCUCAACAGUUUGUCGGCCUGAGGUGGUGACUGGUGGCCGUCGAAGCCUGAGAUCAACCUUUGUUGGUACUCAACAUUAUUCGGGUUUCGAAGUUUAUAACAACGUUAAAUGCAAAUAUUAUGCAAUUGCAAAUUAUAACAGUAUAAAUUCGUCCGAUGUGAGGAGCACUUGUGUAGUGGGCAACGGGAUUGAUGAAUCCGCGAGUUGUACGGGCUACGGAGGACCAUUUAAAGAAAUACGUUACUAUUCAAUUCUGAUUUAUCGAUUUUUUUAUGUAUGAUAUACAUAAUCAUAAGCCCUUUUACUCUCCGUUUUCAAUUUGAUACGAAAUCUGCUUGUCAGUUAUUGUAGAACAUAACGUUGCUUUCGGCUGUGCUACAAUGUCAGAAAUUGAAAUCUCAUCCGGAUUGGAAGACAGUGAACCAGACAUUUCUUAUAACAUGGAUUUAUUUCAACAGUUGAUAAAUUUAUGUCGAAACAAUAAGCAGUUUCCACAGUCAUAUGUUGAAGAUAUGAACAAAAUGUACAAAAAAUGCAAUAAUAAGCAAAAGAAUUCAAAACUUUUAUGCAAUUUAGUACUUAAAGGAAUAGAGUUCAUUUCUCCUAAGAAUAAAAAUUCUUUUCAGUAUGCUGCCAAUGUUUAUAAUGAAUUAUUGCAACUAUCCCAAAAAGACUCAAUUAAUUUGCAGACCAAAAAUUGUGUUGCUAGUACUUCAAAUGGUAAUGCAAUUAUAACUACUGAAUUAGAGAAUGAUAGAAGUGACAAUGAAAUUAGUGAAAGCGAUAAAAUAUUCAAAGAAUUAAUUGAAAAAUGUUAUGAAAACACAAAUUUUUCAAAAUCAAAUAUUGAUGUUAUUGAUAAUUUGUAUAAAUCUCUGCCUUCUGAAUUUCUUGAUUCUAAGUAUUUUAUUUUGUUGUUAAAAGAAGCAAAUCAAGUGAUCUGGCCUGAUAGUGGUAUCUGUUUAUUUACACACAUGGAACAUAUAUAUGAUCAACUACAGCAAUUUAAAACUUCAAUGAAGGUUCAAGAUAAUAGAACAUCUGUUGAGAGUAAAGAAAUUAAUGAAAAGUCAUUAAAACGUCUCAAAAAACUAAAAACUGCAAUGAAGAGUAUCAGAAAAAAAAUUAAAAAUCUUGAUGAAAAAGAAAUGGAUAUAAAUAAUGAUGAUGAAUUUAAUUCUGACUCUGCAUAUGUAUUAAAGGAUAAAUAUGAAAAAAGGAUUGUUGAAAUAUACAAACGAAUGUGUAAGCUACAAGAUGAGCCAGACUUUUUAGAAGAACCUGUACUGCGUUUUAAAGAAACAAAUGACAGAUUGGUUAAUAAAACCAUUGAAAAAUAUUAUAAUCUUAACAAAACAUUUCCAGAUUAUUUUGAAAUAUAUACAUUAUUAAAAUGCUUACGAGAAAAAAAACAACUAAAAUGGACUGAAACUGAAUUAAAAAAUAUUUCUCAUGAUGCUUUUCUUAAGCUUGGGAAACAAUUAAAGCUUCGGAGACUGAAUGAAUAUUUUGGUCGUUUGGCAAAUAUAAAUACAAUGAAGGAUCCAGCUGAAGAAGAUGGAGAACUCAAAAAGAAACUCGAUGAAAGUAACAAAAAGUUACAUUCAGAUUUGAAUGCGUUGACACAAAAGUUUAAAAAUAAACAAGAUUAUGCAGAGGAAACAGAAGGGUCUAACCUUAAUGAUACAGAGUGUGAAAACAGUUCAGAAAGUGAUUAUUCCGAUAAUAAAAAAUUUAAUAAAGAGUUGAAACCCAUAAAACCCAUAUUAGUUAAACGGAAAAGAUUAUCAUCGUCAGGGUCAGAAAAUUCUAAACCACCAAAAAAGAGUCAGAAAACUAUUUACAUGGAGUCAUUUGAUUUAGCACCAAGUGGUGUUACUUUAGAAACAAUACAAAAUGAGGAAAAUGAAGAUACAACUGUUAUUACAGGAAAAGUACCUGGCCAAAUAACAAUUGUGGACAAUGUUAAAGGUAUGCUAAAUAAUAGCAAUAGUAUUGAUGAAGUAAACGAUGAUGCCAAAAUUUCAAAAAAUUCUAAUGUUAUUAUGUCAAAUGGGGAAACAUGUUUUGUUGACAAAAAGCCUUCCAAUAAAAUAACUGUAAAAGAUGUUGAUGAGACGACAAGUAAAAAAAACAAAACGUACACCAAAGAGGUUGCUGAAAAAGUAACCAAGUGUAUUAACAACACUGAUUAAACCUUAGGAAAUAAUAAUUUAGUCACUAAAGGAUCUCUUGAUAAUAAUGAUACAGAUACAAUCCUUGUGAUUGAUGAAGAUAUUAAAAAUACUAGAGUUGAAGAUAAAACUAAUGAAACAGUUACCAAAGAACCACAGGAAUAUAAAAUUAGAGAAGUAGAGAGUGAAGUAAAUGCUAUGAAUCAUAGUACUAUACCUAUUUAUAGUGAUGAUGAUGAUCCAAUUAUCACUGAGCCUGAAGUAAUAAUACAUGAAGAUAAAGAUUCGAGUAAAGAUGUAAUUGAGAUUAAUGAACUUGAUGAUUCAGAUGUUGAAAUAACUUCUUGUGAAACAUCCAUAGUUCCAGUUCAAAAUAAAAAAUCUCUAGAAACUAUUAUAAAAGCUAUGAAUUUUGAAAAGAAGUACAAUUGGAAUAAAGAAUCGAAGGGUUCUAAUCCUAUGCUCCCUUGUCCUUUACAUCAAAAUUCAAGUAAUUUGAACCAGAAUUCAAACAAUAAUUUUGUCAAUCGUUGGGUUAUGAACAAUACGCAGCCUCCUAAACAAAAAAGCACAAGCAAUAUUCCUAAUUUCAGACAUAAUAAUAGACAUAGACCCACGACUUGUCAGGGAACGCAAUCAACUUCUUUUCAAAGGAGUAUGCAAACUGCAAGACAGUUCACUCAACGUAUUUCAAAUACAGUUCAACAACAAAGAACUUUCAAUAAUCAAUCAGUAUUACAAGAACAAGUAACCACCAUGACUACAACAACUACAGUACGACAAAUAGUCCAAAAAAAUCAAGUCCGCCAUCCCGGUAAUCCUGUAACUAAUGGUGGUAAGAAACCUGAACUUAUAGAACUGGAUUAGUAUUUAAUAUUGUAAAUAUAAUCUAAUAUAAACAUAUUUUAGCAUAUUUUAUCAUAAUAUUGUUUUUAUAUUAUUUUCAUUUGUUAGAUAU